AUGCAUACCACUAUUCACACAAAUCAUCACUACGCGAAGAUAAGUCUACAAUACAAAGUAUUUUUCAGCAAGCAUACUUCGUCUACCCGAACCAGACCAGCCGGUCAUGACAAUCUAAAGUGGGUUCCCACCACAUCUACCUUAAUCUACAGAGCCAAAGACGCUAUAUUAGUCGACGCGCAGUUGACAUCGGACGCCGGGCACAAUAUCACACACAUUUAUAUCACUCAUGCCCACGGCGACCAUUUCUUCGGCAGCGCACUCAUCCUUAAACGGUUCCCCGACGCGGUUCUGGUCGCAAUCCCCGAAGUCGAAAUAUUAUUUCCUAACCAGAUCCCCCAGACAUUAAAGGUCGCCCGGCCUCUUUCUCGGGACUAUUUUAAACUAGAGGGAGAGAAGCUAGAAGUAAUUAGGACUGGCCACAUAGACACGGAUAACACGACGACUCUUUGGGUUCUGUCUAUUAAGCUCGCUGUGACGGGCGAUGCCGUAUAUGUAAACACCCACCUAUACUUGGGCGAGUCGGGAAUGGCCGCCAAGCGGAGCGAGUGGAUUAAUGCGUUAGACAAGAUAGCCGCACUUGGACCUGAGCAUGUUGUGGGUGGGCAUAGUGAUCCGAGCAUGGGGUUCGGCCCUGAAGCCAUCUACGAGACAAAGACGUACUUGGAGAACGUUGAAAAGAUCAGUUCUAACGCCGGUACGGCUGAAGAACUUUAUGAGCGGGUAUUGGAGAUUUAUCCCGAGCGUCUGAAUCCAGGAUCUCUCUGGGCAGGUGCUGUUCUGAUCAAGAGGCCAUAA